AUGAAUGCCAUAAAUUUAUUCUUACUUAUUUUAGUUCUUGCUUUACUAGUUCAAGCUGGUUCAGACUUUAGCACUUCUUUUGCUGUUCUAGUAUACGUACAGUGCGGUACUAAAUUACCAAACUGUCCUUUUUUUGAAACUCUUGAUGGUCAAUGUAUUAAAGUUGAACAAUCGAAAGUUUGUGUUGUCAAGGGUAUUUAUAAUACGCUUCCAGGUGGUCUUCCAGGUGAUGAAUGUGGUGGAAUCGUAGGAGCAACAUCACCGGCUAAUACUACUGUGGGUACUUGUCCUAGUUAUGACGCAAUAGGAAAUGCUUUGGUUGGGUCAACAACUGCUCCUACUUUUAGUUGGUUAUGUUGUGAUAGCGGUUCAUGCACUGUACCAGUUAACGUGGUGGAUCCUAAUGAGUUGAUGUUAGCAGAAACACCAAGCGAAGGUGUAUUAGAUUUACCAGUUGGCGUAGAACUAACAGAUUUACCAGUUUGCGCAGAAUUACUUGAAUUAUCAGUUUGUGCAGAAAUACUUGGACUACCAGUUUGUGCAAAAAUACUUGGACUACCUGUUUGCGCAGAACACAGUUUUGAUUCAACUAGAUAA